AUGCUGUUGGCCAUGGCAUCUCAGGAUGCUCAGAACUUCUUCCAGCCUCUCUCUUCCUGGAUAUCUAGGGUUUAUGAAGCUCUCCAGCAAGCAGGAGAUACAUUAUCUGCUUCGCUGGUUAACUUCAGCAAACAAGACUCUAAAUUGAGUAAUAUGCUAGACCAGGACUUAAAUGAUAUUCAGAUUCUGGAAACUUGCUCUGAAGGUGAAGAAAAAGGCACUGAUCGAUGCCAAGAGAACACAGAUUCCUAGUUUCUCAAAGGGGAUCAUUUCUCCUGUUGUAAUAGUGAUUUGCAGGACUCUGGCCAAAGUUCAAGCCCCAGACUUAGCCAACAUGCAAAGGACUCUUGCUCCAUAAUGACCCUGUGGCCCAGUCAGACCCUUGAUGACCAGAAGCCACCACAUGUGCUUUUUUCUAUUGUUGAGGAAGAACAUCACCUUGAAAAGCAAAGGGGUAGCCUUCAACAUGGCUUUGACAGCCACCUCUCUGGUAUUUUAGAAAAUGUCAAUGGAAAAAAGCAAGUUAACAGCUUCGGAGAUGAUGAGGAGCUGUCCACAUCUUCUGACAGUGAUGAGGAGGUGAUCAAACAAUUUGAGAUUUCCGUGUCCCGGUCCCAGAGUUUCUGCUCGGGAACAUCUGAGAAAGGAAAGCAAACAGGAUUGGAGCAUAAACCCAAGCCCAGUCACCGUCUCUCCACCCACAAAGAAGACAGCCCAGAAGUGUCCACCUGCAAAGGUUUGGAUGGAGCCAGCCAACUGACUUAUUCUGAGAAUCUGUCUUAUGGUGAAGACGAUCCCAUCUCUGCCCAUUCACAGUCCCCUUGUGAGCUGGGGAACACCAGGCACCAUGGUGGAUCUCCUGGAGAAACCAGCGUGGUCCACAGCCUCAGCUGGCAGUCCACAGAGGGCAGCCUGGAGAUGGAGACAGCUUUUAAUAACCGGGGAUUCGAAGAUUCCUAUGCUACUGACAGCUCCUCUGUGUGGAGUCCAGAGGAACAGGAUGGGACCAAUUUUCAGGUGCCACCUGGGGUCCCGGAACCCAUCUCAAAAUGUGGUGACCUGGAUGUCAUCUUUGAAUAUAGAGCUGCCAGCCAGAAGCUCACAGUGACUAUUGUCAGAGCGCAGGGCCUCCCGGAUAAGGACCGAAGUGGAGUGAACUCCUGGCAAGUGCACGUUGUGCUGCUGCCCAGUAAGAAACAGAGGGGCAGGACAAGCAUACAGAGAGGGCCCAACCCCAUCUUCAAGGAGAAAGUCACCUUCACCAAGGUGGAGCCCAGAGAUGUGGCUGCCAGUGCGGUCCGCUUCCGCCUAUACGCUGCCCGCAAGAUGACCCGGGAGAGAAUGAUGGGUGAGAGGCUCUUCUAUCUCAGCCACCUGCACCAAGAUGGGGAAAUGAAAGUGACUCUUGUUCUGGAGCCAAGAAGUAAUAUCAGUAGUGGAGAGUCUCCGCUCAGCCCAUCUGCAGUGUCUCACAGUGAUAGCGCUUCAUCCACGCAGUCGCUGUCGCAUGGAGGGGCGCCAGAACUGUUGGUGGGGCUGUCAUACAAUGCCACAACAGGGCGAUUAUCCGUGGAGAUGAUCAAAGGCAGCCAUUUCCGAAACCUCGCUGUGAACAGAGCACCUGAUACAUACGGAAAGCUCUUUCUCUUCAAUUCUGUGGGUCAAGAGAUGUCUCGCUGCAAGACGUCGAUCCGACGUGGUCAGCCCAAUCCCGUCUAUAAGGAGACCUUUGUUUUCCAGGUGGCGCUCUUUCAGCUGUCUGAUGUCACACUGAUGAUUUCUGUGUAUAACAGGCGUACCAUGAAGCGUAAAGAGAUGAUUGGUUGGAUUGCUUUGGGUCAAAACAGCAGUGGAGAGGAGGAGCGAGACCACUGGGGGGAAAUGAAGGAGAACAAAGGGCAGCAGGUCUGCAGGUGGCACACACUGCUUGAAUCCUAGGUUUGGCAAGAGGUGUUUGUGGGCUGUACCCACCCUGGUGAUAUGUGUUUCGAUUACUGAUAACCAACUCAGUGCUUGCUGGCAGGCUUUUUACAGACAGGCUGUAAGAAGGAAUUGAAUUUUACUAACCCCUAAGACCUUGUGAGGGUGGGAGGAUCUUUGAGUUUCUCAAAGGUUUGAUUUAGAUUUAAAUACUAUAAUUAAAAAAAAAAGCCCAGAUGUGUGCUGUCGAGUAUACUUUAUGGGAAAUGUCAUCAUGGUUGAGAUGAAUGAUGAUAAGUUAAUUUGUGUUAGUAGGUUAUUGAGUUUUGGUUCAGGCUCUGGCAUGAAGCUUCUCUGGCUGCCUCUGCUCCUUGAGAUUUAACAGUAAGAGUGCUGUUAAAAGUUAACAAUUUGUAAACCACUUGUGUGUAGGAAUGAGAAUUUCCUUAAUAUGGUGCAAAACACUUCAAAAUACAGAAAUAAAUCUGACCCCGAGUCUCAUAAAAGAAUGUAGCUGUCAUCCAUAAUCCCCCAUUUCACAUUUUCCUCUUUAUUAAAAAAAAACUUCAUUUAUUUGACUAACAAAUAAAUGUUUUAAACUUGUACUUAUAAAGCAAAUUUAUAUGAAUUAAAUAGCUCUUUUUAUCUUAUAUAUUGUGGUUUCCUAUGAGAUUUGGUUAGGUGAACCAUUUUGAAUCUGUAAAAGAAUUAGAAAACUACUGUUACAAGCCAACUUGUCUCCUUUUGAGCAUGUGAGAUUUCAAAGUUAAAACUUUCAAGGUUUUUAUGCUGUUUUUCUUACCUGACAAAUUAUUAUAGAAUGAGAAGAAAACCAAAAAAACCUAUUUAAGUCAUGGGUGUAUUGAUUUUUCUGAAUCUAGUGAUCUCCUAGGUGAUACUUUUUCUAUAUUCAAUACAAUAUACUCACUCAUACAUAUAUUUUGAUUGUGCACUUGCAUGUAAACCAUAUUUUUAAUGCAAUAUUUUUGACCAUCAAAGCAUAGUGCAUUGUUACAAUAGGUCUUUAAUAAAUGUUGAUUUGAUUGAUACUUAGAAAUGAACAUGUUAUAACAUGAAUGAAGAAUAUUUUCAGUUUGUGAGGAAUGACGCUGAUUCUUCUUUGAACAUUUGAAGUGCCUAUAUUGUCAUUUUUCGUGGUAUUUGCAGCAACAUAUAUUAGUCACCACUUGCAUUCUGGUCACAUACCAUUUAGAACACUGAUCAUGUGUUUAUGAGCAUGAAAUUUUACUUCUGACUGACUUUUACAUUAUUGUGCAUUGCAUGUUUAUUUUCUUAGGUCUGAGCCCUUAAUUUCAAUUACUUUAAAUUGGCAGUCAUAAAAAAAGGGAAGGAAUGUGUGUACGUGUAACACUGAGCCCCACGUGCAGCUCUUCUGAGCAAUUGCUGUCACUUAUUUUUAGCUUUUAUGUUUCAUUGUUGACUUUUCACUGUCUGUGGGAAGAAUGAUAGCUAGUGAUGGAUGCAUACAGUUAAAAACACAUAACUCCUCCUCAGCUCUGCAUUCUGACAGAUUGUAAACGUAGGCUGUACCACUUGAAGCACAUAUUUAUUCCUUACAGCCGUAAUGGUUAUCCUGACAAGCCCAGACUAGGACACAGGAUAACUCGACUCCAAUUUCAAGCUUUGGAAAGAAGUGAUUUCCUAUGGAAGAAUCAGAAUUAGAAAAAUAAAUGAAUAUCUUACUUUCUUUUCAGGUCAUGGGAGUUCUGUACAUAAUGCUGCUCAGUUAUUGUGAAUAAGUAGUAAAACCAUGUUCCAUUGGGUUUUCCCCCUACCUUGCUUUGGAAGACCUCAGAGUGCUUUUCCAACAUCAUAUCCAUUAACUGCUGAGUGGUCUUUGCACUGUGGCUGUGUCAUUGAGUAGAACUGAGUGCAAUUGAUUAAGUAGUGGCACAAAGAAUUGGCUUUUCACAUCCCUUACUCUCUUUAUGCGCUUGUGCUUAAGGGGAAGCAGAGCAGCCUUGUUAUGCUUUCCUUUAUCCAGUGACAUAAAAGCAGCAUUCACUUUAAAAUUUACAUUUGAAAAAAAUCUGCAUGUAUUGUACAGACGGGCCUGGAUUUUUCCUCCUCAUAUUUUCCUGCUCUAUGUUUGCCUCAUCCUUAGUCUUGUGGUACCCAAUAAUCACCUAUACUUCAUUUUUCUGCUGCCUUGACACACCAUUUCUAAGGUUUUCUUCUGAUAUAGUGAAAUAUCCUUGUAUGCUUGAUCUUUUUUCUCAUAGUCUGCUUAUGGUAGAGUUUACAGAAAUUUUAAGAGGAGGGAUACCUGAAAAGCAUUUUUCACUUGUAUAAUUUUACUAUGUUGGUGCUAUUCACCAUGUAGGAUGCAUGUACAUCUUGAAUAUCCAGCCACAUUCACCCUAAAGCUUGUAUAAAUAUAAAAUGCUAAUGACAAGACACAUUUAAAAUAUGAGGCUGAAUUUUUUUACAUUGAUUUGAAAUUCUGGUUUAGUAAAAUCUUCAUUUUGUGUACUUAAAUUUGCUUGUUUUCUUGGCAGAGUCUAGACACAAUGCACUUAACGUGUUUUUUACUUGAGCUUUUAUAUCUACAUUUGCUUUUCAAAAGAGUUAUGAAAGAUAAUUCAUUGGCUCUGCCAUGUUAAAGCUGCUUUUACCUAUUUUAUCUAGCUAAUAAUUAAUAUCUCAUAGUGACAUAUGAAACUGAAGAAGCACUAGAAUUUGUUGUUUGCGUAGCUCUUUCUAUGAGAAUGCUUAUAAAAUAUUAUUUUGGAAGGUAAAUGAUGCAGGAGGUUUUUGGAAAUGUGAUUUACAGUGUGGCUUCUUUCAGGGCAUGAGUUAACACUGAAUUGGGAAGUGUUCAUUUUCCCAAUCACGGAGGUGGCUCUUGUGUUCCCUGCACCCCUUUGACUAUUGUUGAAUUUUUAAAUGGGCCAUUCACCAGGCAGCCGAGCACCUGCUCUCACUUCUCUCCUUCACUGGCUCCCAGUGUGAUGCACAGUUGUUUUAGACCCUCUUUUUGCUGCUGCUGUAUAACUGUGAAGGGGGAAGUCUUAUCUCUCUUCAUAGAAAAAGAGCUUGUACCAUCUUUGGAUGUAAUAGACUUGACAUUCCACCUGUACAAAGUUGCAGAAAGAAUCCUUGCCAUGAUGGGAGAUGAGAAGAGAAAAAGAAAGCAUGGUACUAUGUUGUUGCUCACUAUAGGCACUGUUCACUCUGCCUCAACUUUCAUGACAGUAACAGAUUGACCUCAAAUGUUGGUAUUCUCCAUGGUGCUACAGCCUGAAACACAGCCUCUGCCUUUGUAACAUGUAGCACUCACAAUAUUUAACAGAUUGUUAACACUUCUCAGUCACUAUGUUUUGCAUCCUGGUUGUACCACAUGGUCUUAUCUGACAACCAAAACUCUUUCCUUUCAAGUAAUGCAUUAUUUAAGUUGGAAUUCCCAUCAGGUUAAGUGAAAAUGCUUCUCUGAUAGCCAUUGAAUUGAUUAAAUUGAUGGCUUAGCAAGGACUGUGGAACUAAGGGUUUCUCCAAAGCCUGGUUAUCUGUUUGCAGCAGAGAGCUUAGUAUUCAAGACAUGAAGAUCAGAAAAGUGAAUAUGAAAGGAUUGUUUGUAGAUGACAUAAAACCAAAAGCAAGCAUCAUGUCCUUGAAUGAUGAAGAAAGAGAACUAGAAAUUACAUGUGGCCUCUCCUCUAACCUUUGCCUAAACUGUGGCUAAAGACCAUUCCAUUCUAUUUGAUCCACAGGGAAAACAAAUGAUAGAUAAUCCUGAAAUGGCCAAAGUAUUUUUAUUGUAUUAGAAAUUGUUCACUCCAGAAAGAAAAGCUAGGGAAAGUUAUAAAAAAAACAAAUGAUAUAGCAUGAGUAUGGAAGAAUUAAAGGAUAAAUAUGCUAGAUACCAUCAGCAUCUAUUGCAUAUAUGCAAGAAAAAUAAACUAAUAUAAAUGAAAAGCCAUUUUAGAUUAACUGUAAUUUUUCACAACUUGUGGAAUUCUAGAAAAGAGAGAUGGGGUGAAUGAAAUUGGUCUAAACAAUUCAGAGAAGUUGGCACAGGCUGUGGCCCUAGUCUGGUUUUAAAUAAACUCUGCCUACUGUGUGGCCUGAAGAAAAUUUCUUAGCCACACUGUGACCCUGCUUAUUCAACUGGAAGAUGGAAAUAAUACCUACCUCAAAAGGUCUUUUUUUUUUUGAUAGUGAAAUAACAAUAUAGAGAUGGGCAUAUAGUAACCAUUCAAUGUUCCCUUCUCACGAUCAUGCUUAAAAAUGCAUUUAAGAUUUGCUUCUCUUUCUAGUGAAAGUAAUAGUAAUGCUAGAUAAGCACUAAGAACAAUUUGAAGAUACUUUAAAAAGGGUAGGCAGGUGAAGCUAGUCUGGAAGGCAGCUAUGUUCACCACUAUACCAGUAACACUACACGAAGCUAGUCUGCAUUUGGGACAACCUCAACUGCAAUAAGCCUAGUGUGUGGAAGAAAUUAAGUCUUAAUAAAUCCCUAAAUGAUGUAUAAUGACCAAAUCCUGACCAAUUUAUAAUUGUAUAAUGACCAGUUUAUCCACUCUGGUGCUUGUAUGUACAUCUUAAACCACACUCAAGACCUCUCCUCACACCCAGCUCUUCUCUACUGCUCAUACGUGGACAGAGCACCUUGUUCCGAUCAAAGGAGUUGAUAAAGUGGCAACUUGAGUACCUAUUUCAGCUUUGAUCUGAAAAGUAAAAUAAAUAGUGUGGCACUAUAUUGGAGCCUGGUAGGCUACAGUCCAUGGGGUUG